GUUUGCGGCGCGGUGCUGAGAUUUCAUCAUGCAGUGAGUGAGUGCCCAUGCUUCUGCUCCGAGCCCUCCCCGCCCUCCUGCUGCACCGCCAGCCCCGCUCUCUACGCACCUCCCUCCUUCCUCUCCUCUCCCGGCGGGGCAAAGCCAGCUCCCCAGCAGCCCCAGCCCGACACCGGCAGCACCUCCGCCCGGUACCACUCACCCGUCCAGCAGCGCCCAGCAGCACCAUGCAGCCCGCAAGUGUGGAGGAACAGCUGGCACCGCUCAGACUGGCAGUCAGAGAGCAGGGGGAUAUAGUCCGGAAGCUGAAAGAGGAGAAGGCGCCGCAGGUGGAUGUGGAUCGCGCGGUGGCGGAGCUGAAAGCGAGAAAAAGAACAUUAGAAGCGAAGGAAUUAUCCCUCCAGCCAAAAGAUGACAUCGUGGACCGGGCUAAAAUGGAGGACACGCUGAAAAGGCGAUUCUUUUACGAUCAAGCUUUUGCCAUUUACGGAGGUGUGAGCGGACUGUAUGACUUUGGGCCGGUGGGGUGCGCGCUAAAGAAUAACAUCAUUCAGAUAUGGCGGCAGCACUUCAUCCAGGAGGAGCAGAUCCUAGAGAUCGACUGCACCAUGCUGACGCCAGAGCCGGUACUCAAGACCUCUGGGCACGUGGACAAGUUUGCCGAUUACAUGGUGAAAGACGUCAAGAAUGGAGAGUGCUUUCGGGCCGACCAUCUCUUAAAAGCCCACCUGCAGAAACUAAUGGCCGACAAGAAGUGCCCAGCCGAAAAGAAGCAGGAAAUGGAAAGUGUUUUAACCCAGAUGGACAAUUACAACCAGCAAGAUCUGGCCGACCUCUUUGUCACGUACAACGUGAAAUCUCCCAUCACAUUAAAUGACCUGACGCCUCCCGUCUCUUUCAAUCUGAUGUUCCAGACUUCUAUCGGACCCGGCGGGAACAUGCCCGGAUAUUUGAGACCAGAAACCGCACAGGGAAUCUUCCUCAACUUCAAGCGCCUUCUGGAAUUCAACCAGGGAAAGUUGCCCUUUGCUGCCGCACAGAUCGGGAACUCCUUCAGGAACGAGAUCUCCCCGCGUUCCGGGCUCAUCAGAGUACGGGAGUUCACCAUGGCAGAGAUAGAACACUUUGUGGAUCCCAAUGAAAAGAUUCACCCCAAGUUUGGGAACUUGGCCGAUUUAAUCCUCACCCUCUAUUCGUCCAAGGCUCAGCUGAGCGGGGAGUCGGCGCAUAAAAUGCGACUGGGGGAUGCGGUUGAACAGGGUGUGAUCAAUAACUCAGUUCUAGGCUAUUUCAUCGGGCGGAUCUACCUGUACCUGACUAAGGUCGGCAUCUCCCCCGAAAAACUGCGCUUCAGGCAGCACAUGGAGAAUGAAAUGGCGCAUUACGCCUGCGACUGCUGGGACGCCGAAGCCAAAACCUCCUAUGGCUGGAUAGAAAUCGUGGGCUGCGCCGACCGGUCCUGUUACGACCUUUCCUGCCACGCCAGAGCCACCAAAGUGCCCCUUGUUGCCGAGAAACCCCUCAAAGAACCAAAAACCAUAGACGUUACCCAGUUUGACGCCAGCAAGAGCGCCAUUGGCAAAGCGUACAAGAAAGAUGCCAAGUUGGUGCUCGAGUACCUCGCUAUCUGCGACGAGUGCUUCAUCUUAGAGCAGGAGAAACUUCUACAGGAAAAAGGGGAAUUCUCCAUUGAAACAGAAGGGAAAACGUUUUUGCUGACUAAGGACAUGGUGUCUGUCAAGAAAUUCCAGAAAACCAUACACGUCGAGGAGAUCGUGCCCAAUGUCAUAGAGCCGUCGUUUGGCCUGGGGAGGAUCAUGUACACCGUUUUCGAGCACACAUUCCAAGUCCGACAGGGAGAUGAGCAGAGAACGUUCUUCACCUUCCCGGCCAUAGUGGCCCCGUACAAGUGUUCCGUGCUGCCGCUGAGCCAGAACCUGGAGUUCAUGCCGUUUGUUAAAGAGCUGUCCGACGCCUUGACCAAGAAUGGCGUGUCCCACAAAGUGGACGAUUCCUCCGGCUCCAUCGGGAGGCGCUAUGCGCGGACGGACGAGAUCGGCGUGGCCUUUGGGAUCACCAUCGACUUCGAUACAGUGAACCGGACCCCUCACACAGCCACUCUCCGGGACCGGGAUUCCAUGAGGCAGAUCCGAGCUGCGGUUUCUGAGCUGCCGGGGAUCGUCAGGGACUUGGCCAAUGGCUGCCUGACGUGGGCGGAAGUGGAGACCCAAUACCCGGUAUUCGAGGGACAGGAGACGAGCAAAAAGGACACCUCGGAGGAGUGACCGCCCCUUCCUGCUCUCGGGAACACAAACGCCACUUUUUACCAUUGCUGUUAAUAUCAACUCCCCCCUUUUAUCCGCAUAAAAAUAAAGGGAAAGUAACGGCAUUAUUUAUUGCCGACAGGGACUCUCCUUAAUUGUAACCACAACCCAAUUCCAUUACGGUAUUAAAUAUGUUUGAAAUAUCAAA